AUGUGGAUUUUUGGGGCAAUGAUGAUGUUUUUCCACUGGGCUUAUUCUGCGAGGAAUGAUGACAUAUUUGUUUUGUCUAGCAUAAAACCUGAAGCUGCAGAGGACUUAAACCGCCAUGGUGUGACAUAUUAUUGUUUGGCAAUAGUUACUGAGGUUUCUAUGGUUGAUGAAUACCAGAAUGGCUUCAUAGUCAAAGUUGCAAAGAAUAUUGGUCUGGACGAAGACUUAAACAAACUCGAACAUGCAAUAUUUCUCAAUAUCACAAUAAACGUACGGAUAUGGAAAGCACUUACCUGCAAAACACACAUGAAUGACAAUUUCACACUAAUCAAGUCCCUCUUAGCCCCCACAAAUCUGGGUGAGGAUGUUUGUGGUAUCUGUGUUAAACAGGAUGGAGUCUGUUUGGCUUCUUUCGCAGAGACAUCCGGAAAUUAUUGGGCGAGGAUGCUAUUGAAUCUGUCAUCUCAGCUGUAA